GCCCCGGCCGCCAGCAUGGGGAACGCGCAUUCCAGAGGCGGCGGCAGAGGCAGGGACAGUGGGCUGCACCGGCCCGAGCUGUCCUUCUAUGGCUCCUUCCCUCGGAGAUGGAGCGAGAAUGUCUUUCUGAAUAACGAGCUGCUAACCUCCAAGGUCCUGUCCAUGCUGCGGCCACGGUCAGAGCAGGGCUGCCACUACCCUGCCCACUUUCUCAGCACCAACCCCGCCUUUGCCUCCGUCACAGCGUCCGUGAAGGAGCCGCCGAGGCCCACCCUCCUGUCCGACGGCAGCCUGGCCCUCUCCAGGAAUGCCGGCAUGACGGUCUCGCAGAAGGGGGGUCCGCAGCCAGCACCCAGCCACGCGGGAGCAGGGGCGAGGCUCGGACCAGUCAUAGGAGAGAUGGAUGAAGCCGACUCUGUAUUUUUGAAAUUUAAGCAGACAGCUGACGACUCCCUUUCACUUACAUCCUCGAACGCCGAGUCCAUUUUUGUAGAAGACUCCUACGCGGCAUCACUGCGGAGUGAGAUCGAAUCGGACGCCCACGAGUUCGAGGCCGAGUCCUGGAGCCUGUCUGUGGACCCAGCGUACGCAAAGGAACAAAAGAAGGAGGUGGUGAAGAGACAGGAUGUGAUUUAUGAGCUGAUGCAGACCGAGGUGCACCAUGUGCGGACGCUCAAGAUCAUGCUCAAGGUCUACUCCAGGGCCCUGCAGGAGGAGCUGCAGUUCAGCAGCAAGGCCAUCGGCCGCCUCUUCCCGUGUGCGGACGACCUGCUCGAGGUGCAUGGCCACUUCCUCUCUCGACUGAAGGAACGCCGCCAGGAGUCCCUGGAAGAGGGCAGCGACCGGAAUUACAUCAUCCGGAAAAUCGGGGACCUCCUGGUCCAGCAGUUUUCAGGUGAAAAUGGAGAGAGGAUGAAAAAGAAAUAUGGUGUCUUCUGCAGUGGACACAACGAAGCAGUCAGUCACUACAAGUUGCUGCUGCAGCAAAAUAAGAAGUUUCAAAACUUGAUCAAGAAACUCGGCAGCUCCUCCAUCGUGAGGCGCCUGGGCGUACAGGAGUGCAUUCUUCUGGUCACUCAACGCAUCACCAAGUACCCCGUGCUGGUGGAGCGCAUCAUCCAGAACACGGAAGCUGGCUCCAAGGACCACGAAGACCUGACCCAGGCCCUGAACCUCAUCAGAGACAUUAUCUCCCAAGUGGACACCCAGGUCAGCGAGUGCGAGAAAGGCCAGCGCCUCAGGGAGAUCGCAGGGAGGAUGGACCUGAAGUCCUCCAGCAAGCUCAAGAACGGGCUGCCCUUCCGCAAGGAGGAGAUGCUGCAGCGGCAGCUGCAGCUGGAGGGCCCGCUGGCCUGGAAGACCACGGCCGGGCGCCUGAAAGAUGUCCUUGCCGUCCUGUUGACCGAUGUGCUGUUGCUGCUGCAAGAAAAGGACCAGAAGUACGUCUUCGCUUCUGUGGACUCGAAGCGCCCCGUCAUCUCGUUACAAAAGCUCAUUGUGAGGGAAGUAGCCAACGAGGAAAAGGCCAUGUUCCUGAUCAGCGCCUCCCUGCAAGGGCCUGAGAUGUACGAGAUUUACACGGGCUCCAAGGAGGAGAGAAACGCCUGGAUGGCACACAUCCGAAGGGCCGUGGAGAGCUGUCCGGUCGAGGACGAAGGGCCCUUCAUCGAGACUGAAGAGGAGAGGAAGGUGGUGGAGGCCCGCGCCCUGAGGUUGAGGGACUUCCAAGAACGACUGAGACUGAAAGACCAGCAGAUUGCACAGAGCCUGCGAGAGAAGCAGCAGAUCUUCCUGGAGAUGGCCGAGAUGAGCGGCCUGGACGACCAGGCUCAGCCGCGCCUCCUCUUCCGGGGCGGGGACCUCCCCGAGAACCUGCAGGGCGAGGUGAUCCUCAAGUCAGCCAUGACCGAGAUUGAGGACAUCCAGAGCCUCAUCUGCCGGCGGCUAGGCGGCCCCCGUGGCCUGGCAGAAGAUGGGGGUGCCUCUGCGGGCCUGCACCAGAGGGCAGAGGCCUUUGGAGGCUCCGACAGCACCAGGGACCCUGGCAAGAGUGACAGUUUCAGGAAGAAGGUGUGUGGCGGCGACCUCAGCCCAGGAGACUGGCAAGACCCUGUGAGCAGUCCAGACGUGAAGCUCGGCGACCCCCCUGGCGCCUCCGAGGAAGCACCGUGGGCGGUGGAGGCACCGAGCACGGAGUCUGGCCCCCGUCUGCCCGUUGUCCUGGAGUUGGAGCUUGUCCAGCGAAUCCAGACGCUGUCCCAGCUGCUCCUGAGCCUCCAGGCGGUCAUCACCCAGCAGGACAGCUACGUGGAGAUGCAGAGGGCCUCCAUCCAGGAGCGCGAGAAGCAGUUCCGGCUGCAGUCGACGCGCGGGAACCUGCUGCUGGAGCAGGAGCGGCAGCGCAACUUCGAGAAGCAGCGAGAGGAGCUGGCGGGCGUGCAGAAGCUGCAGAGCCAGCUGCGGCUGGAGCAGCAGCGCUGGGAGCGCCAGCGGGAGCAGCAGCAGCAGGAGCUGGACCUGGCCGCGGCCCACCUGCGGCAGCGCCAGAGCGAGGCGGCGCUGCAGCGGGAGCGGCUGGCCCAGGAGCGCGCCGAGCUGGAGCAGCAGCGCCAGGCCUACCAGCACGACCUGGAGCGGCUCCGGGAGGCCCAGCGCACCGUGGAGCGCGAGCGCGAGCGGCUGGAGCUGCUGCAGAGGCUCAAGAGGCAGAGCACGGCGCCCGGGGCGCUGCCGCCCGAGCCGCCCUCCGAGGCCCAGCCCCCCAGCCACCCCCCCAGCUUCAACGGGGAGGGGCAGGAAGGCCCUGAGCGCCCCGAGGUGGCUCGCCGGGACAGCGCCCUCGCCGAGAGCCGGCCAGCCAGGAGCGACGUGCCUAUCCAGCUGCUCAGCACCACCAACCAGAUCCAGAGGCAGGCGGCCGUGCAGCAGCAGAUCCCCACCAAGCUGGCUGCCUUCACCAAGGGCGGCAAGGACAAGGGCGGCAAGAGCAGGGGCUCCCAGCGCAGUGAGAGUUCGGCCUCGUUCGACCUGAAGCAGCAGCAGCUUUUCUGCAAACUCACGGGCAAGGAGGAGCACGCCCCUCGGAGCCACAGCUCCCUGAGCCCCAUCCGGCGCAGCAGCCACAGAUCCGCAUCCCCCCAAGACUUCUUCACCCAGGCGCCCAGCCCAGCCGUGGAGGACACGGCCCCCGAGUGCACCCCCUUCCUGCCCGCGCCGCAGCCCCUCUCCCCCCUCAACAAGGAGGAAGUGAGCAAAGAAGACGUCAUCUUCUUCUAGGCCCACGGCUUGGGGUGCAGAGCCCGCGCUGCCCAGCACACCCCGUGGCUGACCGCCUGGCCUGGCCCGGCCCGCCUGUCUCCAGGCUCUUGCUGUAGGGAUUGAUCAGCAGUGGUGCCUUUUUUUAUACAAAAAGGAACAUUUUUAAUUGAAGGUUGAACCUAAGCCAACCGAGGGGCUAUUUUAAUGGUAGGGAGAGACCCACUCGAAGCAGUUUUUCCAGGGUGGUCACAGACGGGUCCCACGUGGCGCCCGAUGGCGGGCCAGACCUCGGUCUGGGGAGGGGGGCCGCCCACAGCCGUUCGGAGACCGGGGCUGGACCGGUCAUUAGGGCAGCAGAAGGGCCAGGGUAGUGUCAGUUGUCUCCCUGCAGAAUCAAAGCCGAGAUCUACAUGGGUUCAUGGUGAGCUCAAGGCCAGGGCACGGGCAGACGAGAGCGCACCCAGCCCCCAGGGACUGAGGGAACGUGGGGCAGAGUGGCUGCCAGCGGCGGCCAGUUGUACUCAAGGCGAGUUCUUCAGGCAAACUCAUCUCGAAAGGGUCUGACUGGAACUGUGCUAACUGGAUGGGUGUUUUCAACCUGCUGUCGGCGAUCUCGGGGCUUCCCCAAGGCACCUCACCGAGUCCGCAUGGCGCUCAGGUGCUCGGCCUGGGGAAGGCAAAUCCGAGGUUCGGCCAGGCCAGCACAGCCCCCAGUCCCGGCCGAGGGAGGGCCCUCAGUCCCCGGAGAUGAGCCCGUUUGCCCAGAGCCUCCCAGAGGAAGCCCCGGGCUGGUCUCAGGCCGAUGGGCUGAUGCAGGUACAACACAGAGCAGAGCGGGGGCGCUGCCAGUGAGGGGAAACGUUAGGAGCACACGUGGCCUGGAGACCUCCAGUGGACAGGCAGGCGGCCACCUCACGGGCCACACGUCCGUGAGCCGCCGUGGCUGGCUGUCCCCUUACCCUGGAAGCGGGCAAGGCUGUCGGCAUUGGGGCGUGUCACACGGCCAGCGUGGUGACUGAGCCACGUCCCACCUCCGGCCAACCACGAGCUCGGGUGCUGGUGCCGGAGGGGGACAUUACUGUUUCUGCAUCCCAGGCCCUCCGCGGGCCGAGCCCAGCACCUCCCACAGCGUCGGCAGGAUAGGUCCUGAGCUGCCCAGGGUCAAGGUGACAGCCAGUGAGUGACGAGCUGACAGCAGCCGUUCAGAACCCUCCGGCCCCGCCCUGCUGGCCCUGCCCCUCGGCUCUGCCUGCGGGACCAGCGGCAUCAGCAGGGCCCAGAGAGAAGUGACUCCGCCAUCCCCUGUGCUGGAUCUGUAAUCAGUGUUUUAUGUUUUUGAACUGAGACGAAUCAGAGCACUUUAGGAAAUUCUCCUUUACUUCCUUCCUUCCUUCUGUGACGAGCGCAUUCCUGGGCCUCAGGCACACAGGUCCUCGGAAGCCACGUCCUGGGAUUCUCCUGGCUCGGCAUGUGGUGGGGUCUCCGGCCAGGCGUGCAGCGGGGCAGGCGCCUGCGGCCGCUCCCGGGAGGGCCCGGUGCCGUUUGUAAAGCUGGCGGCCGAGCAGUGUCACUCCUGCGGGAUCUGUGUACAUCUUCGGUGACUGACUUGAUCUCGGUCCACCCAGUGAUGCUAUGAUCGCAGUAUGUCCUCACGCGGGAUGUUUCGGAACUGCCUUAGCACUCAAGCCUGAUUCUAGCAAUAAAGGUGUCUGAAGACGA